AUGGCAUCUUACUUAUCCUACCUGCGGGUUCCCGUUCUUGUAUCGUCUGGCGUCACAGCACUGCUCAGUGGACUGUUGUAUUUCAAGCAGAACGAGAUUAUAUACCCCCGCAGCCUCCCUCCAGGCGCCCGUACCGAUGUCCCGCGCCCGCCCCAGUUCGGCAUAAGCGACUUCGAGGAGCUCAUGAUACCGACCCCGGACGGCGAGUCCCUGAGCGCCUUCUUCAUCAGACCGGAAAACAAGCGGCAUGCGCGGAACAUCACCAUCCUUAUGUUCCACGGCAAUGCGGGCAACAUCGGACACCGGCUGCCAAUCGCUAAGGUUUUGCAUGACGACCUGGGCUGCAACGUUCUCAUGCUCCAAUACCGGGGGUACGGGAUGUCGACAGGGACGCCCAAUGAGAAGGGGUUGAUGGUGGACGCGCAAACGGGGCUGGACUAUGUCCGGCAACGAGCCGAGCUCAAGGACACGAAAAUCGUGUUUUACGGACAGAGCUUGGGAGGUGCUGUCAGUAUUGGACUCGCAGCUCGCAACCGGAAUGAGGGCGAUAUUGCAGCUAUCGUAUUAGAGAACACUUUUCUCAGCAUAAGAAAGCUCAUUCCAAGUGCUUUCCCUCCAGCAAAAUAUCUAGCGCCUCUAUGCCAUCAGUAUUGGCCAAGCGAGGAGAUGCUACCACAAGUCACCCCCAGUAUACCGAUCCUCUUCCUCAGUGGGUCGAAGGAUGAGAUCGUCCCGGCAACCCAAAUGCGCCAGCUCUACGACAUCUGUCGGUCCGAUGUCAAAAUAUUCAAGGAAUUCCCUAACGGGACCCACAACGACACUGUAGCCGAGCCAGGCUACUUCAACUACAUCGAAGAGUUCUUGCGUCAGCAUGUCAUCCGCACUCUCCGCAGCCGUACUGAGAAGCCCGAGGAAUGA